ACGUCGCCCCACAGGUUGAGAUGGAAGGGAUGUGAUGACUAUUCCACGGUAUUAGUUCGUCAACCCCUUUCCGACCGACGCCGCCCCCCUGAUUCCAAAUUCUUCGCUUUCUCUCCCGCCGCCUAUGGAAGCGCUGGCCACCUCCUCUCAUCCGACAACCCUCCUCCUCGGUCGCCACUGCCGCAGACUGCCAGCAUCCUUACCCGCCGUACUCGCCACCGCAUCCUUAGGCGGACGAUUCCCUUUCCUCCGUCACUCCCUCCCACGCGGUUUCUCUUCCCGACUGCCCUCACUCUCAUGCUUCUCUCUCUCACAUUCCUCCCUCGGCUUCACAGGUGAAAACGAUGAGGCCUUUAAGUUCGCAGAGGCUGCUAACAACGGAAAUUUGGUUCCCCUUUUCCGUUCCAUCUUCAGUGAUCACCUUACACCGGUGUUAGCCUACCGUUGUCUCGUGAAAGAGGAUGAGCGCGACGCUCCCAGCUUUCUCUUCGAGUCAGUGGAGCAAGGUUCCAUGGGUACUAACGUUGGUCGUUACAGUGUUGUGGGAGCUCAGCCGGCCAUGGAGAUCGUCGCCAAGGAAUACAGUGUGUCCAUUAUGGACCACGAGGAAGGCCACAUGACGGAGGAGAUUGUUGAGGAUCCAAUGCUAAUUCCACGGAAAAUCAUGGAGAGUUGGAGCCCUCAGUUAAUUACAGAGCUUCCUGAUGUAUUUUGUGGUGGAUGGGCAGGUUACUUUUCCUAUGAUACUGUUCGAUAUGUUGAAAAGAAAAAGCUUCCCUUCACUAAUUCCCCUAGGGAUGACAGAAACCUCCCAGAUGUCCACCUAGGACUCUACAACGAUGUGAUAGUGUUUGACCAUGUUGAGAAGAAAGCAUAUGUGAUUCAUUGGGUGCGAGUGGAUCGGUAUUCCUCCAUUGAGAGUGCUUAUCAAGAUGGGAAAAAAAAAUUAGAUAAUUUGCUAUCUAGGGUGCACAAUGUCAAUGUCCCCACACUCUCUGCUGGCUCUGUGAAACUGUCUACUUAUCAGUUUGGUGCGGCUUUAACAAAGUCAUCGAUGACAAGUGAAGAAUACAAAACGGCUGUUUUGCAUGCUAAAGAACAUAUCUUUGCUGGUGACAUUUUUCAGAUAGUUUUGAGCCAGCGUUUUGAGCGGCGCACAUUUGCAGAUCCAUUUGAAGUUUAUCGAGCUUUGAGAAUUGUGAAUCCAAGUCCAUAUAUGGCUUAUUUACAAGCAAGAGGUUGUAUUCUAGUAGCAUCAAGUCCUGAAAUCCUUACACGAACAAAGAAGAGGACAAUUGUUAACCGACCACUUGCUGGAACAGUUAGAAGAGGUAAAACAGAGGAGGAGGACAAAUGGCUUGAACAGCAGUUACUAAAUGAUGAAAAACAAUGCGCUGAGCACAUUAUGCUUGUAGAUUUGGGACGGAAUGAUGUUGGAAGGGUGUCGAAAGCUGGUUCAGUGAAGGUGGAGAAACUUAUGAAUGUUGAGAGAUAUUCACAUGUGAUGCACAUUAGCUCUACGGUUACAGGAGAAGCACUUGCUGAUCUAACUUGCUGGGAUGCACUCCGUGCUGCAUUACCUGUAGGAACUGUUAGUGGAGCUCCAAAGAAUUAUAGCGAACCGAACCCUCUCGCUUCGCGCCAUUUUCCACAUCCCGCCCGCCCUUCCGCCCCCGUUCUCUCCGUCUCUCAGCAAGGAAACCCUAAGUCCUCGCCAUGGACCAGCAGAUCAAAGCUGAGUUCCAGAGCAGCGGCUUCAAGCUCGAUGACGAUGAACAAAUUCUAGACAAGUGUCUUAGUUACUGUAUCAAUUAUAAUCUCACCGCUUCGGACCUCGUAUCGCAUUGGGAGAUCUACUAUCUCAACAGGCAACUAACUGACUGGAAGGUAGAAACUGCUCACAUGAAUGGUUUUUUGUCCUAUCUGCGGAAGGA